AUGAAAGGCAAUCUAGCUGACGUGGAGGAUAAUGAAGAUGACUCUACUGGUGACUCCCACCCAGUUGUGACUAGCAUCCACCCUGAUUCUCUCUUUUUUCAUGAUUCUUGUGAUACUGUUCCUGCCUGCCAGACUGUCGAGACUUGCCUGUCCGAUCAACUAGCUUCUCUAAAGUUCGACACUUGUGCUGAGUCAGACUAUCUUGUCGGCCAUAAGCCUAGUGAUAAGACAAAUAGCGCAGCGAGCAUGCUUUUAAAUGACAAGAGGAAUCUGAGCCCUGUUUGCCAUAACUUCAAUGAUACUAUUCUUGAUUCGGUGACCUCUUGGAAAGAUGAUUUUGUUUACGUGAAGCCUCGUGACUUGGAUCUGUUUGGGCAGACCGAGCUUCAGUUGGCCAGUCGACUAGCUCGCCAGCCUUUGCUCGAUUAUACCGAGUCAAAUAAUUUGACUGAUAACCUUCGGCAGGACGGAUUUGACACUCAAAUAGGCAACCUCGAAGAGUGUCUUUCCAGAUACACCGCUUCAGAGGUAUUGACUGACUUAAAUUCUCUCUUUUGCGAAGUCUGCACUGCACGUCUCAGCAAGCCUGCUCUGGAAGACAAGGCAGUAUUAACUAAAACAAUUUCAGAAGACAGACUAACUGGUGAAAUGGAGUCUGGAAUUAGGACAAAUGAGAACAAGUCUAUUUUGGUUCGGCAGUCGAUUGUCAAGCGGGAUCUUCUCUUUAUUCUUCCUCCUCUUCUCACCAUCCACCUCAAGCGAUUUCAGCUGGUAAGACUAGAGCACAUCAUCCGGUGUAAUUUUUAA